AGGGUAAAAGAAGAUUUUUUAAAUCUGAUAAUCUGUUCUACGUGUAUAAAAAUAAAUGAAAAAAGGAACAAGACUCAACACUAUUGAGUGUGGUUUACUUGUGUUUUUCUUCCUAUGUUUAACGUGUAAACAUGUGGAUGUCUUUAUUGAACUGCUAAUGUAAGUACAGCAGAGAAGCUGCUGAAUCGGUGAACUGGAGCGAUUGAUGAAUCGGGGCUGGAUUGAUGGAGACUGAAACAAGCGACGCAAGCGCUUGGCUACGUCACGACCGAAGAUGGCAGAGGUUUCGAGGAAGGAAGGAAGUGUUUACAAUGUCGUGCAAGAAUAUAGCGAGUGUUACAGCUCCCACAGUGUUAGGACCCUUGUGAAUGGAAGCACGUGAUGGAUCUUCACUCAGAUGGCCUCCUUGCACAGGGCAGUGUAGCCCCAGACACCAUGGAGGAUGAGCCUCAACGUGAAACAAUAGCCGGUCGCAACCUGGGGGUAGGAAGCCAACCCCCGGGAGAGGAAGCCAGAGGUGAUGAAUCAGGCUGCCCUCUCCCUGAAGCUUCUCCCCCGGCAGCAGAGGAGAACUCUGCAAGCAGCUUGCCCAGUGACCUGUGUAACCCGGCUGAGGAUACAGAAGAAUCAAACUCCUUCAGUCUCAUUGAGCCCCCUCCUUUGGACUGGAGUGAGUCCGGAAGCCUGGAUUCCUCCAUUGACAGUGUGGGCUGCUCUGCCCCAGAGGCAGGCAGAGGUGGUAUCUCCCUUAAGGCUGAAAUGGAUUUACUGCCAGAGCAAUUUAACCAGCUUGAGCCACUCCCGGACCUUGGGUUGGACCUGUCUGGCACAGACCUCCACAGAGGCGGGUUAAAACAGAGUGAUGAUGAAAAAGAGGACAAUUUGGGAGGCUGUAAAGAAGAAGAUGAUACUAGUGGGGAUUAUAAGAUAGAAGACGAAGACCACAGCCAGAUCCAGGCGCUUCUAGCCAGGCUUCAAACGUACAGCCAGCCCCCAGCGACUCGCUCCCUCUCCCACUUCCCCAGCAUGGAGAACCGGGUCGCCUCUGACAUAGAGGACUUGGUUUCAAGCGUGGCGAUGAGCGGGAGGCUUGAAGCAGGAGACCGCGAUCCGCAGAGAGACUGGAACACUGGGCUGCUCCUCUCUGAGGCAAACCAGAGAGACCUGUUGAACCUCUUGGACAAUGGAGGACUGGGGGAGGAAAGGGAGGAGAGAGCCCCGCCUCGAGCACAGUACCAAGCACAGGGCAGCGAGGUGGACUCUGUGGUGAGCAUCACUUAUGGCGAGGCGGAUGGGGGAUUUGGAGAGAGGCAGGGGAAGAACUCUCUUGGGCGUGGCCAACCGGUGGGAGCAGAGGUCAGCAUGUACCCCUGCAGCCCUGAGCAACUGCCAGAGCCAGUUUGGAUGAAAACAGGCAACUCCUCGAUGCCAGAGGAAGAGCAGCAGCAAGCACAGACUGAGGAGGCUAGUAGCAAGAACUGUCCAGCUUACAAGGAAGUGCCUGGUCCCUGUGACCCAGAUGAUUUGCUGGAUGGAGUGAUCUUCGGGGCAAAAUAUCUGGGCUCCACCCGACUCCUCUCCGUUAAGAACCCCUCUACCAGCACCCGCAUGGCACAGGCUCAGGAAGCCGUUGACAUGAUUAAGGCUCCUGACGGAGAGUCCCAGCCGAUGACAGAGGUGGAUCUCUUCAUUUCCACCAGGAGGAUCAAGGUGCUCAGCGCGGAUACGCAG